AACUAAAUACAUUUUAAUGUACGGGGACCAGGCGGAGAUGGGUGGUCCAAAACAUAAAUGCUACUCCAAUCACUCUCACAAUAUGUAGUCAAGCUUAGGCAGCUCUAGUGUAUAUGUAGUCUCUAAAAGGGUUGACCAUAUGAGAUGGCGGAAUUGUGUAGCUCCCUCGCAUUUCAGGUAAACCGGUCGGAGCCACAACUCAUAAAGCCGGCAAAGCCAACUCCUCGCGAAACUAAGCGGCUGUCAGAUGUAGACGACCAGCAAGGCACUAGGUUUCAUUUUCCACUCAUAUUGUCUUACAGGAACAAAGAAAAUCAGGGUGAUCCCGUUACGGCGAUUAGGGACGCACUAAGCAGGGCAUUAGUGUAUUACUACCCUGUAGCUGGUAGGCUGAGGGAAGGGCCAAACAAAAAGCUUAUGGUAGAUUGUAAUGGAGAAGGUGUCUUGUUCAUAGAAGCCGAUGCUGAUUUCACGCUUGAGGAACUCGGGGACACCAUUCGACCUCCUUGUCCUCUCUUAGAUGAACUCCUUUUUAACGUCCCAGGCUCUGAUGGUAUUCUUGGUUGCCCUAUCUUGUUAGUUCAGGUGACUCGCCUGAAGUGUGGAGGCUUCAUAUUUGCAUCGCGCGUAAACCACACAAUGUUUGACGCCGUGGGGUUGGCCCAAUUCUUGAACGCAGUUGGAGAGAUGGCUCAAGGCACACAUUCACCCUCUAUCCCGCCGGUGUGGGAACGAGACCUCUUGGAUGCCCGACAUUCACCACGAAUUACAUGCACACAUUAUGAAUAUGAGCACAUAAGCAAUCCAGAAAGCUCAUUUCUUUUAACCAAAGACGAGGGCUCGUUGGUCCAACGAUCUUUCUAUUUUGGUCCACAGGAGAUAAAAGCAAUUAGGGAAAAACUUCCGGCACACCUUUCCACUUCCUCCAGGUUUGAGCUGAUAACAGCUUGUGUUUGGAAGUGUCGCACACUUUCACUGAGAUUGAAUCCGGAAGAGAUUGUCCGCCUUUCAUGCGCGGUCAAUGCCCGUGGGAAGCACAACACUUUAUGUCUUCCUUUGGGAUACUAUGGUAAUGCAUUUGCAAUUCCAACUGUCGUUUCAAAGGUGGGACUUUUAUGUGAAAAUCCGUUGGGAUAUGCCGUGGAGUUGGUGAAGAAUUUGAAAUCUAAAAUGAGUGAAGAGUACAUGAAAUCAUUGGCAGAUCUUUUCGUAAUAAGAGGACAACCUCCACUUCCAAUGGCAUGGAAUGUCCUUAUAGUUUCUGAUAACACGCGUACUGGUUUUGGGGAGGUAAACUUCGGCUGGGGAAAGCCAAUAUUUGCCGGAAUCGCCAAGUCUGUCAAUCUAAUUACCUUCUAUGUUCAGGACAACAGCCUAAAAGAGGAAUAUGGAGUUGUAGUACCGAUAUGUUUGCCCUUCUCAUGCAUGGAGGCGUUUGACAAAGAGUUUAAGAGGAUGAUUUUGGAACCUGUCCUGGAAGAAAUCAAUGGAGGCGUUUAAGGAGUCCAGGAGGAUGACUUUAAUCUUUGGAGCCUGUCCUGGAGGAAGUAAAUAAAUAAGAUGCAAAGGUUUAUGUGUGAUUUUCCUUUUAUAUGAGUGUAAAAUUAUCGUUGGUUGGAGAUAAAGGUUGAGAGACCUGAUGUUGGAAAGUUAGAACGAAUUAAAUUAAUAAAUAAAUGACAAUUCAUUAA